CCGCCGAUUGCAGUUCCAUUCGCAAGAAGUGACCCCUCGGUGAUCAUGCCGCAUUGCUGCUGAAAUUUUACUUACGUGUGAAUCCAAUCUAUACUCCCACUCUGUUAUCGCAUAUCACAACAGCAAAAAAACAAAAAAAAAUCUCAAAACUCGAAUAUCCAUUGAAGCAUCCGCAUCCACCGCCUGCCCUGCCGCCUCCCCACCACGCGACCUCAGGCGCAUCAUCCGACAUACUCGAUAGUCGAUAAGACCAGAUCACCUCCCACCUCCCACUUACCACCUACCCCCUACUACCACCACAAACAUGGCUCAGAAAGCAGCCAAAACCCUCGCGGCGCGCAACACGGCGCUCCUGCAGCGCACCCACCUGAUCAGCCUCGGCCUCCACGCCCUCUACCUAGCCCUGCACUGGACAUUCAACCGCCCGCGCUCCCUGAAGCCCUACAUCCUGCUCGCGGUGCCGACCCUCCUCAUCGAAUUCUACCUGGACCGACUCGGCCGGCCGCGCCACAACCCGGCCGACGGCUCGCUGCGCUCCCCCGGGGAGGACCUCGGCGCCGCCGGGCUGACGGAGUACAUGUGGGACGUGCUGUACUGGACGUGGGGCUGCAUCGGGGCCGUGUGCGUGUUCGGCGACCGCGCCUGGUGGCUGUGGGUGGUGAUCCCGCUGUACUCGGUGUGGUUGGCCUAUUCCACGUUCAUGGGGAUGCGGAGCGGGUUGGCGGGGAUGGGGGGUGGUGGUGGUGCUGCUGCUGCUGCUGCUGAUGGUAGCGCCGGUGGUGCGGCUCCGGAGAGUAAGAGGCAGAAGAAGUUGGAGAAGCGGGGUGGGCAGAGGGUGCAGUAUCGCUGAGAUUGUGG